AUGCCCGUCCCCUCAACUCCUGUUGCCAUUGUGGGCAUCGCCGCUCAAUUGCCGAGCGGCCGCUGGGCAGACACAAACCUCGAUUAUGACGCGUUCUUCGACUUCCUUCUCGACAAGGGAGAGGCCUACGAGCCCAUCCCCUCAAGUCGAUUCAACAUUCAGAGCAUUCAAGGACGCGCCGUCGGGCAGGUGCUCGCUAACGCUGGCGCCUUUCUCAAAGAUGUCGACCUCUUCGACCACAUGGAGUUCGGCAUCACCGCCAAAGACGCUCGACUCAUGCCCCUCAGCCUCCGCAAACUCAUCGAGACCACCUUCUUGUCGCUCUGCGACUCUGGCAUCGACUACCGGGGGAAGAACGUCGGCUGUUACAUGUCCGGAGUGGCGUAUGACACCUUCAGCGUCUCAGGACACGACGACACCGAGGCCUCGGGCUCCUUCGCCUAUGUCCCGUCGAUGAUCGCCAACCGCGUUUCAUACCAUCUCGAUCUUCGAGGGCCCACCGUGCCCGUCGAUACUGCUUGCAGCUCGAGUCUGUACGCCACGCAUAUGGCGGUGCAAGCCCUUCGUCAUGGAGAGUGCGAUGUGGCCGUAGUCGGUGGCUGCCAACUGAAUCAAAGAUUUGCCGAAUGGCUUUCCUAUACCCAGGGCGGUAUUCUUUCUCCGGAUGGCAAGUGCAAACCGUUUGAUAUUUCAGCAAAUGGUUUCGGACGUGGAGAGGGCGUGGUCGUCAUCACACUGAAGCCGCUGGAUGCCGCACUCCGAGAUCGCGAUCACAUCUAUGCUACGAUCCUCGGGACUGGCGUGAACUCGUCUGGAGCUCUCGUGCCUGCGAAUGCCCCAUCUUCGGUGGCGCAGCGAGACGCGAUGCAGCGUGCGUUCAGUAUGGCUGGCCGGCUGCCGCGGGAAGUCGACUUCUUGGAGCUGCACGCCACUGGCACUGCACAAGGCGAUCCUACAGAAGCCAACUGGGUUGGGGCUGAGUUCAAACGCGAUGACGAGUUGGUCAUCGGGAGCGUCAAAGGCAAUAUCGGUCACCUAGAGAUCACCGCCUUUCUCGCGUCGCUCCUCAAGGUCUGCGGUACACUGGAACGCAAGAUGAUACCACCGAACGUCAACUACAAGACUUCCAAUCCCGCCAUCCGCUGGAAGCAGUACCAGCUUCGUGUCCCGAUGUCACCCGAACCUCUGAAGAGCAGGUCUUCUUCUGGACGCCCACUGGUCGCGAUGACGAGCUCCGGCAUCGGGGGUGCAAACGGACACGCAGUUGUAGAAGGUCCUCCCACUCCCUCCUCUCCCGCUCCUUACUGGUCCGAAGAUGCGAUACCGGAAGUGCCUGUGCUCCUCGUCGCGGGAGGUCUUUCUCCACGGUCGGCAGCCGCCGUGGUGGAGAGCAUUGCUAGCGCAGCCGAGUCGACCUCCUUCGACGCGACCGCUCUCGCUCGCGCAUACGGUCGCCGCGCGCGCUCCAUGACGUGGCGCGCGUGUGCCCUCGCAGGCGGAGUCGGCGCGAAACAGGUGUCGGCAGCCAACUUCACGAAGCCCGCGCUGGUACCGAAGACGCGUCCCCCGAUUGUCUUCGUCUUUUCUGGCCAGGGGACGCAGCAUUUCCAAAUGGGCCGCCAGCUGUUCGCAGCAUGCCUCCCCUUCAGACAGAGCAUCCUAGCGCUCGAUCAUCACUACGAAGCCGUCGUUGGAACCUCGCUCAUUGCAUCCACGGGCCUGUUCACAACCGGUGAUGCCGAUGCCAAGGACACGCUGGGCGACCCCUGGCCCAUCGCGAUCACACUUCCGGCCUUGACGAUGCUCCAGCUCGCGCUCGUAGACGCACUCGAAGCAGUCGGUGUGACCCCCGAUGUCGUGGUCGGUCACUCUGCGGGAGAGACGGCCGUGCUCUCUGCCUCGGGCGCGGGAUCCAAGGAACUCGCUCUUGAGCUCGCGAUCGCUCGCGGUCGCGCCCUCUCCCUCCUGGAGGCCUCAAAGGGGACCAUGGCGGCCGUCUCAUGUUCUCCGAAGGACGCGAAGGCGAUCAUCGAAGAGGUCUGCGCUGAGCUUGGCGACGGCGUCCUCACUAUCGGCUGCUUCAACACCCCUUCUGCCGUCACUCUCUCGGGAAGCGAGACGCACAUCGACGCUGCCGUGGCGAAGGCGACCGCCCGUGGCGUUUUCGCGCGCAAGCUACGCACGCGCGUCCCCGUACACUCCGCGAUGAUGGAGCUCUGCCGCACCGAAUUCGACAGCCUCGUCAGCGCCGCCUUUGCGCGCCACGCCGACUCCCUCCGAUCCCCGACAGUCGAGACGUAUUCCGCGACCACUGGCGCGGCUUUCUCGCGCGCUUUCGACCCCGCGUACUACUGGGACGGCACGAUCGGACCCGUGCGCUUCGACGAGGCCCUCUCUGCGCUCGUCGCCAAGCACCGCACCGCGACGUUCGUCGAGAUCGGCCCCCACCCGGUGCUCUCCUCCUACCUCCUCGACCGCGGCACCUCCCCCACCGCCACGUGUCCGCUGCGCCGUCCGCGCGCGCCCGAGCCCGGCGUCGAGGUGCGCGAGUUCGUCGGCGCGCUCGGCAAGAUCGUCGGCGCGGGCCACAACUGCGUCGACUUCGACGUGCUCUACGCCCACCUCGCGCCGCGCCGCGCCAAGGGGCCCGCGUACCCCUUCGCUCCCAAGCGCCUCCCGUGGUUCGUGCAGAGCCCCGAGAUCGCGCGGCAGCGGCAGCACCGGGACGGGCCGAUGAACUUUCCCCAGCUCGCGAUCAACGUGCGGACGCACCCGGGGCUCGCGGACCAUAUCAUCAAGGGCGAGCCGAUCAUGCCUGCUGCCGGGUUCAUCGAGCAGGCGUUGGAGUUUGGCGCUAGCGCGGUGUAUGACGUGACCUUCCACGGGCUGCUCGCGUUGUCUGCAGAUCGGCCGACGCCGGUCCAGGUCAAGCUGGAGGGUACGAAGUGGAGCGUGAGCAGCGCCUCUUCGACCGACUAUACGACUACAUGGCCGAUUCAGUACAACCGCCUGCACGCCACUGGGUUCCUUUCUCUGGACCCCAUUCCAGACACUCCCUAUGCUCAUUUGGACCUCAACGCCAUCCGAGGGGGUAUGAAACCGAUGGACAUGAAGAAGUUCUACUCGGACAUCACUUCGUUUGCCAAUUACGGACCCAUGUAUCGUCGCAUCAAGAAGUGCUACCUUGCAGUCCGGCCUGGUGGCGCCGUGGAUGCUCUCGCUGAGCUGAAAGGAAACGCUCCCGACAUCCCCAACUGUGCCGACUACCGCCUCCAUCCUGCAAUCUUAGAUGCCGCCAUCCACACGCCAAUUCAUCCCGCGUUCACAGGAAACUACGAUCCGAACCUUUACCAUUUGCCCUCCAGGGUUCGCGCGUUCCGUCUGUGCCCCGGCUAUUUCGAUCGACCUUUCCCGGACACGAUAUUCUCGCAUGCUAGAUUCGAGAGCUGGACACCAGAGUCGCUGGUAUACAACUUUACCAUCACAGACCCUCAAGGGGUUCCUCUGUGCGUCGUCGAAGGCCUCGAGAUCGCUCUUCACGGCUUCCGCAUGAAACCGCUCCAGCAGCGCUGCGAUGUUGUCUAUCGCCCCAUCGACGUCUCGCUCGAGUCUAUCGUCCGUUCUUCCAACGGCGACAUCAGCGGUCACCCGAAUGGAUAUGCCAACGGCCACACCAACGGAUACGCCAACGGCGACGCGGACAAGGAAGUCAAGACAGGAAACCUAGUACUCCCUUACGUCAGAGGCGCAGAGGUGCAAAUGUUCCGUGAGCACCUGGCCCACCACGACCCUCUGCAGCCGCUCUCUGUCUUCUUCGUCGCCGAGACCGGCAUCGACGGCGAUGCUGCACAGGGCUUCACUCGCUCGCUGCGCAAGGAGUUCCCGGCUUGGACUGUCCGUGUCGCGGCGUUCCCUCCCUCAUGGACGCCGGGCCAACGCAUGAAGGGGGUAUCGCAUCUGCAGUCCGUAACAAGCGAAGUGGAGAUGCGCGUCGACGAAGAGGGGAAAGUCCUGGUUCCUCGCAUCGACAUCACAGAUGGCCCCAGCGACGUCACUUCCCUCGACACCAAGAAGCCAUGGAAGGUCGAGAACGGCCGAGUGGCUCAGCUCCCCCUCCUUCACACACCUUCCUCCGAUCAUACUAUCGUGCGCGUUAGUCAAGUGGGCCCUCGGUGCGGAGAAUGUUACGCCUUCAUGGGGGUCGCCGAUCACACCUCUAACGUCGUCGUCGGCCUCGCGUCUGGGCCAUUCGCGAGCCAUCUCGUCGUUCACAAGGGCGUUCUUGCAGAGGUCUCACCGGAUUUCCCCAUCCUCGAGCGAACACCCCCCAUAUUCGCGCUCGCUCUGGUCGCGCUGACAGUCGGUUCAAAUGCUUUCUCCCAGCCGCGCCGUCUCGCCGGCUCUCGCAUCGUCGUGGUCGAGCAAGAUCAACAGCUCCGUGCACAGAUCGCUGAGAUCUGCUCCUCUCUCGGACUCGACGUUCUGGCAGCCACCGCGCUUUCUCGGGAGGACCUAGAGUCAUGCUAUGACAAGAAGGCGCGCUACGUCAUCUCCGGAACAAGCGACGCGACGACCGCAGCCACCCUCCGCGGCAUCCUCAGCCCUCGUGGUAGCCUUUGCUUGUGGAACAACCCCGACUCCGACAAGAACAUCGCCUCAAUCAUCGCGAACGAUCCCUGGACGCUAGGAGACGCGGUUCGCUCCUCGGUUGACCAUGAGUGCAAAAGCUCUCAGCCAUUCAGCCCGCCGGCCUCUCUGCUCGAAGGACUUCCAACCACUGCUGCCCGAUCACCCGACCUCUUUGAUCCUGAGAAAGCGUACAUCCUAGUGGGCGGGAUCGGAAGUCUGGGCUUCCACAUGGCUCUGUGGAUGUACGAGCGAGGUGCUCGUCACCUAGUUCUCACGUCCAGGACGGGCGUCGAGAGUCUCGAGCGGCGUGGAGACUACAUCGCUGAGCGCAUCCUGGGAUACCUCCGCGCCCGCGGCGACCUCACUCUCGAGACCGUACCGGUGGAUGGGACGUCUAAGGAUGGUAUGCGGCACAUCGUUCAAAGCAUCUCUCGUCCGUUAGGCGGUUGUGUUCUGCUGGCCGCGCUCCUCGUUGACGGCAUGCUCACCACGCACACCGAGGAGUCGUUCGAGCGCGUCUUCCCUCCCAAGAUUGACGCUUUCAAAGCGAUGGAGAACGCGGUGGACCUCAACACGCUCGACUUCGUCGUCACUUUCUCCUCCGUCUCCGGUAUGUUCGGGAAUCCGGGACAGACGAGCUAUGCCGCUGCGAACUCGGCACUCGCGGGGCUGACGCGCAAGUACACGAACGCCUUCUCCAUCGUCGCGCCCAUCAUCCACGACAGCCGCGUGCUCACCCUGAGCGACGACUCGUACAACAAGAGCGUGCGCCACAUGCUCAAGUGGGGCAUGACCGCGCGAGACCUCUGCGACUGCAUCGGGGACGGGAUCCUCAAGCUCCGCGACGCGCCGGUGUGGCAGUACGUCCCCGGCUUCGACUGGCGCGCGGUGCGCGACGGCAUGGGCCCCUCCCACCUCUACGACCACCUCGUCCCCGCCGACGCCCCGUCGGACUCGCAGGACGCGGGCGCGGGCGCGGACCGGGACCGGCCGACGGCGCUCGUGCAGACGGUGUGCCGGGUGCUGGACGUGAAGGAGGCGGAGGCGUCGGUGGACGUCCCGCUGACGACGUACGGGCUCGACUCGCUGUCCGCCGCGGCGCUGUCGUUCGCGCUCCGGCCGCUGGUGGCGGUGACGCAGGUGCAGCUGCUCGCGGACCUGACGAUGAAGGACCUGUUGGCGAAGUUGGAGGCUGCCGAGGCGGCUUGA